AGGACAUAAAAUUUGUUUGCCUUUGACGAUAGGGAAGAUUGUCCUUCAACUUUUGUACGAUGAGAUAUUUUCGUGGGAUGAGCAAUCGGACAGAAAUUUGGUGAGUGAGAUACUUCGCUCAAACAAUUAGAAACAAGUGCAGCGAGGUUAAGAUAGUCACGGUCCGGUACUUGCUAAUUGUUGUGCGAAAAAUUCGAAACCACUUUCAAUCCACCUUUGCCCAAAAGUUCAAUAGUUCUUUUUUUCACAAGCAACUCGCAUUAAAGAACAUCUUUGGAAGUGUGCCCAAACCUUUAAGUGAAUCAACAAUGAAUUACCAAAAUCCUCCCGACUCUCUUUUCCCUGCAGAAAAUUUACCAAUUCCAAAAGACUGGUGAAGAAAUCUGAGAGAUACUAAUCAUCCCACAAAAAACAGCCACCCACCGCCAAAAUGGCCAACCUGACUUAUAGUUUUAGUCCUGACGAAAGUUAUCCUACUUUCCCCACCACCGCCACGUCGACCGCCGCCACGAGUACCACCGCCGUAGCGAACCACAGCUUCAGUCCGGAGAUAAUCACCACUGUGUCCGAUGCGGAGGCAGACAAGGCAUUAAGAAUUAAUGUGUGUCGUAUAUAUGGUCUCACGCUAGACGAGUACAUUAAUCAGAUUACGAACAGUAAUAGUAAUAAGGAUAAUCUCCAUUCCGUCGUGAAUGACUCAUAUCACCUGCAGGAUAGUAAUGAUCUCGAUGCUGACUUAAGCAGUCUAGCGUAUGGACAACAGCACAAUGAUUCUCUCUCAUCCUUACUUCAUCAUUCCACAACGGACUCGGUUGGAGAUGCGAAUCUGGACCUGAAUCUUGACCUGUUGACGAAUCAUGACGUGGGUGGAAACGCCACGGUUUGCUUUGGUGGUUGGGAUGGGAUUCUGUGCUGGCCGGAAACUCCGGUCGGUCAAACGGCCACUCUUUCCUGUUUUAAAGAGCUCAACACUAUUUUAUAUGAUAGCUCAAAAAACGCCACCCGCUUCUGUUCCGAAGGACCAAACGGCGGAGAAUGGAACAAUACCAUAUACGAUUUGUGUCAACCCGUCCCAAACAACAGUACCAUAAAUGACAAUGAGUCAAAUAUCCUUGCUCUCACUACAGGCGUCUAUUUCUGUGGGUACUGUCUCUCCCUUGCAGCCGUUACGAUUGCCAUGAUAAUUUUCCUAGCUUUCAAAGAGUUACGAUGUCUUCGGAAUACGAUUCAUACGAAUUUAAUUGUCACCUACAUUCUCGCCGAUACGUUGUGGAUCAUCACCAGCUCUACGACUUUCACCUCCACUUCUGCCCUUCCAGAUGCCACGCAGGGACAAACUGGAGGCGGUCACACACACGUGUCCUGUGUUACAUACAUCCUCCUCCAUUAUUUUCAUCUGACAAAUUUCUUUUGGAUGUUUGUAGAAGGCCUCUAUUUAUACGUACUGGUGGUACAAACCUUUGUCGCAGAGAAUAUCAAACUCCGAAUUUACGUGAGCAUUGGAUGGGGACUCCCAUUGGCAAUUGUAAUUUGCUGGGCUAUUGCCAAGUGGCUCUUGUUCUGGAAUCAAGGACCAGUUUCUGAGCUGGAUGAGACAUGUGUAUGGCUUGGAAUGAGUAUAGCCGAUUGGAUUUACAAGGCCCCCGUCAUCCUGACGUUGGCUGCAAAUUCGCUUUUCCUCCUGCAAAUUAUGUGGGUCCUCAUAACAAAAUUGAGAUCCGCGACAAAUCCAGAGACUCAACAAUCAAUGAAGGCGGCGAAGGCGUUGAUCGUGUUAAUGCCGUUACUCGGCAUUACUUAUCUGCUCAUGUUGGCUGGCAGUCGUGAACCUGCAUACGAGUUUACGAGAGCCUUGCUCAUCUCGACGCAAGGUUUUCUGGUAGCUCUGCUCUAUUGCUUUUUGAAUGGUGAGGUUCGCAAGGCAAUUCGUCAUCGAUGGAACAGACUCCGAACGCCGGGAUUCAACUGUUGUAAUUUCGGGAGGCGUAGGCGUCUACAACAAAUGAGGGAUUGGUCUCCACGUUCCAGAACAGAAAGUAUUCGAUUGUACAAUGCUCCAGCUCACAAUUUCAGAAAAAGGGAAUCUACAGCCAGCGAAAGCACACAAGUGACAUUCGCUCACGGUCACAGUUUAAGCAUCUGCAGCGCCACGGUGAAUGGCAACAUGCGCCGGGUGUCCACAACUUUCCCCAACAACAAAUUGUACCCAAAUUCCGCAGGUCCACCCGUCGUGAAGGAAGAGUCGACAGUUAAUACGUUUAUCUGAAAAUGUAUUAAAAGUCUCCAUAAAUAUUUAUCUCACAUCAAUUAUUCAACAUUUUACGUAAAAAAUACUGUAAAAAAUUCUCAAUGUUGGAUGUUUGACUAUUCAUAAUUUAUACGUAUUAUGUGGUACAAUGUUUUACUUAUUUUUGUUCAAUCAGUAAGAAAAAUUAGUCAAAUGCAUAUGUAAAUAUUAUACCAAAAUCAUUAUCAGAAACGGGAACAACGUUAAGAAAGAAACCAUUAUGAUUAUUAUUUUCAAACUGAAGAUACGUAUGUAAAUCUAUUAUAUCGACAUAUUUAAUUGUAAAUCGGUAUUACAAACACCAAAUAGAAACCGAAGACGCUUACAAUCAAAAUUACGAUCAGCAAAUUACCUAUUUUAUCUGAUAUCGAAUAUAUUUGUUUUAAACUUUUCAGAUUAAUUUGUUAUAUGAAAAAUAUAUAUAUGAAAUUGAAAUUAUGGACAGAGCGUAUUAUGCACUAAAAAAUAAGUGUAUCCUAAAUGUAACGUCCUGUAAUUUAUGUAUCUAUGUACUGAUGUCAUAAUAUUAACAUGUGAGUUACACAUUAUGUACGUAUUUGUAGUUAAUUCUCUAAAAACAUAUUUAUGAAGAAAAAAAUAUUGUGAGCAUUAAUAUGUGUAAUUAAUUAUAAAUGUGUAUGGUACAAUUACGGCUGGUAUUUUAUAAUUAGACCCAAUUCUGCAUACAAAAAGAGGGUCUAAUUUUAAUGCACACAGAAUUAAAACUAUUAACAAGGUUAUGUUAAUUUGUAUCUUAUUUUGUUACUUGAAGAUGAGUUAUAUUGAAAAAAGUAGUAUAUAUUCCUGUUAAAAUCUCAAAUAUACAUAUUACUAAUAGGAAAUGUGUAUGUAUGUAUAACACAAAUAUUUAUAAAAUAUUUACAUAAAUUAAGUUGUAAUUGAUUCAAUUUAAGUAUAACUUAAUCCGAUUUGAUGUGCUUAAAUUUAUAAACCAUAAUUUAUCCGAAUGCACGAUUAUUUCUCAACUCCAAGUUAAUUAUUGGUGUUCACUUUCACUUACAUACAUGAUCAAUUUAACGUACCUCAAAAAUAUGUUCACCAAAUUUUUUUGGGGAACAAGAUUCAAACCUAUUUCAAAUCAAAUGUGAUUUUAAAAAUAAAAUAUGUAUUGUAAUCUCAUUA